GCGGUGGUCGCGGACGGAUUUCGGGUACUACUACUACUGAUUGUUGUAUGUGCUUCCACAUAAAUACCGCCGUGUUUUUCUCAAUUUUACGCGUGUUUAAUGGAAGCGUAAAUAGACGAAAAGAUCAUUAAUUUUGAAAUAGUGGCGGUUUAGUGAUAUUGGAAGACGGUACCUACGUGGUGAGGUGGUGGCUGGCCGCCCCCCAGGGUGGAGAGAGAUGGGGCGUCCCGACGCUGCCGCCGUUCUUGUUUUGUUGAUGGUGUGGAUGGCGGUUUGGAGGGAAGUGAGGGCGGCAGACUGGUGGCAGUUGGGGUUGUCUUCGACCCUGCACCCCACCCUAAACCUGACCCCCACCGCACACAAGGAGAAGUGCCAAAAAAUUGAGUUCUUCGUGGAGAAACAGAGGGAUUUGUGUUCGAAAUACGACAAAAUAUUACCUAUAAUAAGCGCCGGUGCCAAAUUGGCGGUGGAGGAAUGUCAGACGCAGUUCGCGUUCAGCCGAUGGAACUGCACGACGUUUCCCGAGAAAAAUAACACGUUCGGCAACGUCGUUACCAUAAAAAGUAGGGAGGCGGCCUACAUAAACGCCAUAUCGGCCGCCUCGAUGGCCUACGCGGUCACCAGGGCCUGCACCAAAGGCGAAUUGGCCGAAUAUUGCUCGUGUGACAAUAAAAUCAGACAGAGAAAAACGGUCAAAUGGAAAUGGGGCGGAUGCUCGGACGAUAUCAGGUACGGAGAGAAGUUUUCCAGGGAGUUUCUUGACGUGCAGGAAGAUCAAAACACCGCCCUGGGGCUCAUGAAUUUACAUAAUAACGAGGCGGGACGUAGGGCAGUAAGAUCACGGAUGCAAAGGACUUGCAAGUGCCACGGGGUGUCUGGAUCCUGCAGCAUGCAAAUUUGCUGGAGACGUCUUCCUUCGUUGAGAAAAGUCGCCGAGGGACUUUAUAAAAGAUAUGAGGGUGCCUCGCACGUGAAAUACGUGGAAAGGCGACGGAAGAAAUUAAAGGUGAUCAGCCCGGACUUUAAGAAGCCGAAUCGGACCGAUUUGGUUUAUUUGGAAGAUUCUCCGGAUUAUUGUGACAAAAAUGACACAUUAAAUAUCCUGGGAACCAGAGGUCGUGUCUGCAAUUUGACCAGCCAAGGAAUAGACGGUUGUCCGUUAUUAUGCUGCGGACGGGGCUACCAGACCCGCGUAAAAGACGUGGAGGAAAAGUGCGACUGUAAAUUCGUGUGGUGUUGUAAUGUGGUGUGCGAGACGUGUCGCUUCAGGAAGGAGGAACAUGUGUGUAACUGAAGUUGUGAAAUUUCAUUUAAAAAAAAAAAAAAAGGUUGUGUCGAUUACCUAAUUUCUAUAAGCACCCGGUAUGUGAUUAGGUUUCAAAAGAGAAGCGGUUCCUUCCCAGUUCCCCAACCCGAAAGUCUUGAAUCUAAAGCUUUAUUUAGUUUUGUAUAUGUCAUUUUAGUUCUGUAGCUAAUUUUAUAAGUAACUGUAAUGCUUUAAAUUGUAAUAAAUGUUAUGUUAACAUGGU